CGGGCCGCCUCCAGCCGCUGCCAACCACGGGCCGUCCCGCCUCCCCUUCCUCGGUUUCCUUGCCCGCCGGCGGGGAGGGCAGCGGUCGCCAUGGAGGCGGCGCACCGAGCGGCGCGGCUGGCCGCCUCCUGCCUCCGCACCCCGCUCGACCCGCGCACCCGGGCGCCCGCCGCGCUCUACGAGCGGGGACCGCCGCCCGCCGCCCCGCAGGAUGGUUUUGAUUUGGAUUCAAAUACCGACAGAGAGCAGACCCUCUCUCUAAAUGAAGACUCUGACUUUGGGAUAGACUUUUCCAAAAUGUGCAAUUCAAAUCAAGAAUAUUACUUGAAGCUAGAAGAGCUGAAGAAUGCCCACUUGGAGACCAUGGCAAAAUUAGAAAGUAUGUAUCGGAACAAACUAUAUUUAAAAGGAGUACAACGCUCAGACAAGAAAACUGCUGCCUCUAGUACGUGUUAUAGGCCAACUUGGAAGAAGAGCUCAUAUCAGCCUCUAAACUUGCACAAAUCCUUUUCAGACUCUGACUUAAGUGAUCACUUAGGCUCAAGUCUAUCUGAUGGGUCUGACAGAGAAUUAGCAUUUGAAGAAAAUGGUAGUGAAACUGGAUCAUCUGCAUUUGCUAAGCAACAGAUUGAAAAAAUGUGGGACGGGUUCUCUGUGGAAGACUACAUCUCCCGCACCAAACACAGCUUACCGAGCUCACCAGCCUUCAGAAUGAUACAGAAGAAACAGAAAGAGUGGUCACCAAAAGUCACUGUGCCCAAGCCUUUCCAGAUGACUAUUAGAGAAGCUAGAAAAAAAGAACAGAACGUCAAAUCAAAGUCGCAGAUUGAAAUGGAAAAUAACUUAUUGAGGAAACAACUAGAGGAAGAAGCAGAGUGUCAGAAAAAAUUCCGAGCCAAUCCAGUGCCCGCUGCUGUUUUCCUUCCACUCUACCACGAAAUCGUGCAACGAAAUGAAGAACGCAGGAGGUCUGUGAGAGAGAGAAGCAAACUCAAGCUUUUGGCUUCUCAGAAGCCAUUUAAAUUCAUUGAACGAGAGAAGCAAAGGAAUGAAAUUAGGAAAAUGCAAUUAAGAGACCUUUCCACACCGGAAAAGAAAACAAAACUGUUCAAAGCAAAACCAGUUCCUAAAUGUAUUUAUAGUCCAGCUGUUAAUGACAAGCUGAAGGAGGAAGAGCUCUACAGAGGCAUCAGGAUCAGGAUGAGAGCUGAAGAGUUGCUACGCAAUGCAUCUCUACCCAACAGCAGACUGGCUUUAACAAAUGCCAAGAAAAAGAAGAAACACAAGUGCACCGAACCAAAGGAAACAGAACAUACGCUCAAGAUCAAAUCAAAUGUUCCAGAUUUUGAACUCCUACACCACAAAUUUCAGAAACGGCUCCUGCAACAAAAACAAGUGAAACACCUUACAGUCUGUGAACCUUUCGAUCUUCGUACCCCUCAUAUUCCCUCAAACAAGGGGAAGAUUUUGAAGGACAUUCAAGAGGAUGAAGAAAAGUUGAAAGAAACACGCUGGCCAUAUGCCUCUCCAAGACGUAAACCUCAGAUGAGACAUUCAAGUGCAAAGUCCCAUCUCUCAGGAUUUGGAGCAUCUAAAUCACCAAGAAUCACAGCAUCCACAAGACAACGGCUACAAGCUGUAAGGGAUUAUGAGAAGCAGAGAAUGCAAGAAUAUUUGCAAGAGUUGCAAGAAAUGGAAGAAAGAGUAAAACAAAGGCCGUUGCUUUUUGAAAGAGUCACUCAGAAAAAUGCCAGAAUAGCUGCAGAAAAGCAUUACUCUAACAGACUGAGAGCACUGGGGAUAUGCCCAGAGUUUGUUUCAAAGAAAGGACAGACUACUAAAUUGCUACAAUGCUCCAGUGCUGAAGAUUUUAACUCCAUUGAUGCCAGAGAAAGAGUCAUCAAGGAUAAAGUGAAAGAAAGAGAAUCCUCUGAGGAAGCAGCUGACAGCAGUCCUUGGUCUGAGCAGUCUUGUGAGGAGGAGGAGGGAGAGAAGAGAAAAGGUGUCAAAACCUCCACUCAGGAUGGCCAGUCCAGUGAGCUGGAGGAGGAGGAAGAGGCAAGAGCCAGCCCUCGUGCCCAUCGGCCUUGCCGUGCAGGGGAGGAUGGGUCCAGCCCCACCUCUGACCAGCACCGUGAAGAGGAUGAGGAAGAAGAGGAGGAGGCAAAGGCAGACCUGCCACUGGGCCAUUCCCAGGAGGAGGAGGAAGAAGAGGAGUAUGAUGAUCAGUCAAGACCCAGCUCUCAGUCUGACCAGUGCCAUGAGCAUGAAGAAGAGGGUCAGUCUGGCCCUGAAGCUGAGGGUACCUUCAGGUAUGAGGAUGAGGGAUAUGAAAAUGAGGAUUCAGAAGAGGAACCCAGCGAUGAAGAUGAUGACUGAGAGGAAGGCAGACAGGAUGGCCCCGGGGCUCAGGAACCUACUUCAUUGCUGGCUGUGAAAUAGACAAAGAAAAACUUGGCUUUUUGCUCCUGAUAUAAAAUUCUGUGAAUUUUAAGCUCUUAGUAUAACAGCCUUUCCAGCACAAACGAGGAUUUCAAACAAGCUUUGUCAGGACAGAGUAUAAUGCAACAUUGCUCAGGUGCUAAAAACAUGUUCAUCGAAUAGUAAAUACGUUUGUUAGAACUACCAGGUUUGCAAAAGCAUCUGCAAUGACUAACCAUAAGGAUUUUUUUUUUUUUUUAUAAAAUUUUUCCAGUGCAUCUAAGGGCACUAAAUCUGUUAUUUCUUCCUUCUGACUUUGAGAAACAUAAUUUGGAAGUUUAUCAUUAUUACUUUUAUUUAUUUUUGAAGUGUGAGCAUAACUAAUAUGAAUUCAAAACUUAUUUUUUUAGUUAAAUAAAAUAUCCAUUGUAUAUGUCAU